AGGUUGCCUGGGCUACCAUCUGAAUCGACUCUGACGGCCGCCAUCAUCCCCCCCCUUGACACUUUGACAUUGCUUUCCUCCGCAGGUGGAAAAAAACCAGUUCAGGAGCCCAACCAAAAAUACUUUAAGGACUAAAAGAACCUGCCCAGGAAUCAUCAUCAGUUUACACAGCCUCAUCUGAACAAUGGAAGUGAACAAGGACGAAGCCUUACGAUGUCUGGAGAUUGCUCGGCGCCACCUGAGCUCAGGGAACUAUGCAGCUGCUCGUAAAUUCGGCCUAAAGUCGACCACACUUUUCCCGACUCCGGAGGCAGAAGCCUUCGUAUCGAGGGUGGUCAGUGAAGAGAGCACAGCGGUGCCAGCUUCAGGGGCAUCGUCAGCAUCAGAGGAACCCACACCGCAUAGGACAAAAAGCUCGUCGACUGCAGGGGGUGGAGGACCUUCGGCUAAGGGGACUUCGUCUGCGCGAUCGAAUACGACGCCAUUGAGGUCACGGUCGACGCCUGUGGAUCACAAGCCCGUGGAAAGGGAUUAUACACCAGAACAGGCAGCAGCUGUCAAGGCGGUUCGAUCCUGUGGAGGGGAUUUCUAUAAGAUUCUUGGGGUCAAUAAGAAUGCGACGGAUGCGGAGAUCAAGAAGGCGUAUCGCAAGGUGGCAUUGCAGAUGCAUCCCGACAAGAACGGCGCUCCAGGUGCAGAUGAAGCUUUCAAGAUUGUAUCCAAGGCAUUCACAGUACUCAGCGACCCCCAGAAGCGAGCGAUCUUUGAUCAACAUGGACCAGAAGAUGGCAGGGACUCAAGUGUCAACUACGAUCGUGCAACACCGACAGCACAGCACUUUAGCUACUCACGGCGAGGAGAGGAGAUCUCGCCAGAGGAGUUAUUUAACAUGUUCUUUGGUGGCGGAAGCUUUGGAGGAUCAUUCCACUCGACAUCAUUUGGAGGACCUGGGCAUGGGGGUAGAUCAAGGGCCCAACAAACACAUCACCAUCAACAGCGCCAACAGCACUAUCGCCAGCAACAUCAACAACAGCGCCAACAGCGUGCCAAUGCAACCGCUAAUGCCGGUUUGGGGAGCAGCUUUGGCAGCGUGAUCCAGCUGUUACCAUUGAUCAUCCUCAUCCUCGUAACUAUGAGCUCGGGCUUCUUCUCUUCGGACUCGUCGUCUUCAUCAUCGCAAUCGAGCUCGAUCCUAAACGACUUUUCGUUGCGUCCAAGGGAUACUUAUACGACCGCUCGACACACGGGUUUCAGGAACGUGCCUUAUUUCGUCAAUGAAGUGCGGUUCAUGAACACAUAUUUUCCAGGACAGCAGUUUGAGUUCAAGUCAUCGGGCGCACGGCAGAUCAAUGUGAAGGCGGAUCAUGUCACACUACAGGGUCGGAGAGUCGGGCCAUUGUUCAAGCGGAUGGAAGAUAAUGUGGAGGUCGCCUAUCUAAGGGAGAUGCAGAAUAGAUGCAAGGAGGAGAAGCGGAGGAAGGAUACUGCGCUGAAUAAGGCGAUGGGGUUCUGGGGUCCGGACCGAAAGCUGUGGAAGGAGGCACAGCGCAUGACGACGCCGAGUUGUGAUGUCGUCAAGGAGAAGUAUGGGAAACAGUAUGUUCGUUGAAGGCGGGACGGUCCUCUGAGGCGAUUGACCAACAUACCAGGGAGCUCUCUCGAAUAAAAAGGCCAUGUAAUUUAUGCGGAAGAAAGAGCUUACUCUUCACAAGUCGUCAGGUGAUGGCCAAAAGAGUCUUAAGGCAUGUG